AUGGCUUGUAUUCAAUGGGUUUAUGCUAACGGUAGUUGUUGGGUUGCACUUGAUAGAACUGCACAGAGUGAUAUUGAAGCUUUAUGGUCUGUCAAUUCUUCUCAUUGGAUCCGCUGCCCUUCUAUAUCAAAGACCGCUGUGUAUGUUGACGUAGAAAAAAUGGUCAUGCUUUGUAAUGGCUACUCUUACACUAUCGCUCGUCGUAGAACCUAGUUUUCUCUUUUCUUUUUUUAUACCCAUCAUCAUAAUUACCAUAAC